AUGGAAAAUAAUAGCACAAUAAUGGUUGUAUCUGUUAGAACAGUUAAUUUUCAAGUACUUUUAGUUCAAGUUUUGGUCUGUGUAUUUCUCUGCAUAAACCUGUUUUUGAUCAUAACCUUUUUCAUGAAGGAGUACUUUUACACAGUCACGCGCUACAUCUUAUUUGUUGUUAUGUUGUUUUCUGAUAGUCUGUUCCUAAUCAUGACUGAUAUGCUGCUCAUUUUCAGCUAUUUUACUACUACUGUACAAAUGUGGUUGUGUCUUAUUAUCUUCAUUGUUUUGGCUGUGUACACAUUUGUCACACCUCUCACUCUUACAGCAAUGGUCCUGGAGCGCUACGUGGCAAUUUGUAUACCUUUGAGGCAUGCAGAACUGUGCACCACGCGCGCCACCCUGUACCUAAUCCUUGUCGUUCACAGCCUAAGUUCUGUUCCAUGCAUUUUUAUCCUUUCUGUUUUCUUUGCGUUAGCCCCCCGCACAUUUUACUCUGAAGACAGAGUGUGCUCUGUGGAGAUGUUCCUCUUGUACACAUGGCAGGGUUAUCUGAGAUCAGCUACGAGUCAGUUUUACUUCUUGGUUAUGAGUAUUAUUAUUGUUUACGCCUAUCUUACAAUAAUGAAGGUGGCCAAAGCUGCAUCUGGAGAGAAUAAAACGUCAACACGGAAGGGUCUCAGAACAGUGAUUCUUCAUUCUUUCCAGCUGCUUCUCUGUCUCCUCCAGCUGUUUUGUCCCUUCAUCGAAGAUGCUGUGCGACAGAUUGAUUUUACGUUGUUUAUUAAAGUCAGGUACUUUAAUUAUGUCACCUUUAUUAUAGCUCCGAGAUGUCUUAGCCCUCUCAUUUACGGUCUCAGGGAUGAUUUAUUUUUUCAGGCUAUUAGGUAUUACACACUCUGUGGUUUGUACAAAAAAGCACCAUCAAGCUAA